AUGGAGGCAGCCUAUUUGCCACCGGAGAUCCUACUCGACAUCUUCCACAGGCUCCCGGCCAAGUCCAUCCUCAGCUGCGUCUGCGUCUCCAAGUACUGGCUUUCCCUGAUCAAAACCCCUGAUUUCGUCUCUGCCCACCACUUCAACCAACAAUCCGCCAUUUCUUCUUCCUCCAACCCACAUCCCCUGUUUCUCCUCCGCCUCUGUGUUGGCUCUGCUCUGGUAAACCGCUACUCCAUUCACCGCGACGACCGCAGAUUCACCCACUACGCCGAAAUCAAACCCCCUUCAUCAAUCAACAACCAGUCCUUCUCCAUCGUCGGAUCGUGCCAAGGGUUGGUCUGCCUGAUGCACGACCUCUACGCUUCCAACUACACAAUCAUCCUCUGGAACCCUUCCAUCGGAAAAACCUUCGCCCUCCCUGAACCGGGAGUCACUUUCGAGACCCACGGCGGAUUCGAAGCACUCCUCGGUUUCGGGUUCGAUUCGUCGACCAACGAUUACAAGGUCGUGAGAGUCGUCCGGCUUCUGGAGUACGAAGAAAUCGCAAUUGAAGUCGAGGUGUUUUCACUGAACGCCGGCUCGUGGAAGACGAUUACCUCCACGGCUCCGCAGUACAACAUCGUGGAGCGCGGGUCCCAGGCUUUCGUCAACGGGUCGGUUCACUGGGUCGCGACCCGGCCCGGCAACGACGGCGGUGGUGACAAGAACUUGAUUCUGGGUCUCGACCUAAAGGGGGAAGAACGGUUCAGGGAGCUGGAGCUGCCGGAGAGCUUGAAAUUGGAGAGGGCGAUGUUCUUGACGGUGUGUGGAUACAAGGAAUCGACGAUUGCGGUGUUCAAGAGGCCGUAUUUCACGGAAGCGGAGAGCGAGAUUUGGGUGAUGGAAGAGUACGGGGCGGCGGAGUCGUGGGUGAGGCUGUUGACGUUAGGGAUGUACGGUGGGAGACUGCCGAGGGCUUUGGGGUUCAGAGGGAACGGCGAUAUGUUGUUCGAACUCGCCGGCGGGGAGAUUGUGUCCGGUGAUCCGGAGAGUUUCGAGAUUAAGGAGUUGGGGUUGUGGGGAGAAGCUGGAUACUCGGUCGUGGGGAGUUUCAUGGAGACGCUUGUUCUGCUUGAUAGGUCGAGUUAG